CAUUGAGUUCAGAUUCAAGAAGGGCAUGAAGCUUUGGCUCAGUACAGUAGCAUUUGACUUUGGGAAAGAGAAUCGAUAGAAUCGAUCGCUUACCUUGCUUUGGCAUGCCAGAAGCAUUUCGCUGUGGUUCUCAUUGAUUGAGUAGACUUUCUUGCCUACUCUAAGACUCAGGCUAAAGACUCUAUUGGAUCCCCAUCCUCCUUCUUUUAUUGAGAAUCUCCGUCAGGGUACAAGCGCGGAACUGGUGAUUCGAUUCUUUCAAGUCGGCAGUCCCAUCCCAUAUCUAUAUUGUGUUGUUAUUGGUGUAAGGAUUCCAAAUCGUGUGUGUAAAGGGCAAUGCCUAAUGUAAUUUAAUUUGUUGUAAGAUUUCUCGUCCUGAUUUUCAUUUAUUCUUUUCCGAGUGAGGUGCCCCAUUAGUUAUGGUUCCCGAACGAUCGUCAUCCUAUAUCUUCUUGUCUUUACUUUUUUCCUAGCCUUCCAGCUUUCUAAGCUUUCGGGUAAAGGGACUCAGAUCGAGGGGCUAAGGAUUCUUUUUGUUGUAAUCCCUUAUCGCAAGGGCCAUUGACUUCGACUUCUUUUUUGAGUCUAAGUUAUAACUCCUCUCCCGAAGCAAGAAAUUAGCUUUUUGUUGGUUGUGCAAUUUCAGUUUAUCCGGUCGUUGAUGUGUGAGGAGCGAUGUCAGCCCUUUUUCUUAUUGUAAGCGGCUUGGCAGCAGUAAAAUAGGAUACCCUCUUAUAGAAGCUACUAAGAGCAUAAAAUUCUUUACCCUUUCCUUGUCCAAAGCAUUCUUCCUUGCAGCUACAGCCCUAUUCGAACACUGAUCUACUACCUCCUAUUACUGUAGAAUAUCAAUAUAAAGAUCAAGAAUAGGAAUCCAUAAAAGAAAAGGACUAGAAGGAGUAGGAUAAGCUAGGGCCUUGUUUCUAAAGGUAGCGCUAGCUAAGUAAGGUUUGCUGCUGCUAAGGCUACGAACUUAGGAAAAAAUUAAGCUAUUCUAUGGACAAGGAAAAGCUUGACGAGUGAAGAGCAAAAAAGAAGGCCAGACUGUUGCCCGGCUGACAACCUGGCUUUGAAUAGGAAGGAGAUGAAGAGAGUUAGAACAGAAGAAAGCCAAGCUGGAGUUGGCGGUUUGAGCCCUGAUAUCUUGUUCGUUUCUAAAGCAAAACGGGAGCUAAACCAGGGCCGCUAUUCUGAUUCUGAAAGAAAGAGGCACCCUAAUCUUGGACGAGCGAGACAGGGGCCAUGUAGCUAAGCGGGCUAGGCUCUAUUGAGCGGAGGAUCGCCUUUUUUUACUAUAAGAGCAGGAUACCAUACGUAGUCUCCGUCUUUGUCGAACAAGUGGGUGGCUUGGUAAGCAAGCAGGCGCCAACUUCCAGUUCAGACUUCAAUUCUUCUUUAAACACAACAUGAAAUCAUUUCUUUUAUGUUUGAUUAUAACAGAAGUGUUUUAUAAGAGAUAAGAACUUGCUUCGCUCGACUUGAGUUGGGAAGAGUCCUAUUCAUUUUCCUAUGAAAAAGUCCCGUAAUGCUUGUAUGCUCUUCCUGAACGGAAGGAGCGGUUCCCUUACUCGCUUGCUAAUUAUAGCCGGAACGAAGGCACGGAUUCUAUACCAAGUCUUUCCUAUUCUCGUUUUAGCCCCCUUCUCUAAGAAUAAGGUGAGCUUGUUUGUGUUCGGGCUUUCGACACCAUAUACUAGUGCUGUUGCGGGCUGGGAUUGUUGUUAUGCUUUUAGCUGAGUGCUUUCCGAUCUUCCCGAAGUCAGACUACUAACGAGCUCCGCACCAGGGCUCAAACCCUGUCUCAAGGAAACAAUAGCCCCACAACCAAAAGGCUUUCCGAGAGAUACAAGAGAGAUGGUUAAACUAAGGGUAGGCCUUGCCCUUUGCUUACUAUAUAUAAAUAUAAGGGCGCUUAUGCUUCUUCCUCAAACAAAGACGAUCGCGCCCAUCUCUUCAGAAAGAAAGCCUGAACGCCCUUGUUCUGCUUUUCUCGAUUCUGCUUCUAACCGGUCUAACCAACCGCUACAAGCGGGCAGGAAAGAGAUGUGGUACUCAAGUCAAGGCGAUGGAUCACUAUCACUAUAGAUAGAUGCUUUCCCUGGACUGUGUUCAAUGGCACCUGAUAUGCCAACAAGGGCUUAAUAAGAGAUCUUGCAUGUUUUAGAGGGUGCUUCUUAUGUCUUUCCAUAAGCAGAAGUAGAAGUAGAGCUGCUCUUCCCCUAUUCUUAAUCCUACUUCUUAUGUCUGUCAACACAACAUGAGCCCAGCCCCUGGUUCAAUCGAUAUAUAGGCCGAAAACGGAUUUCUGGACAAAUGAACAGACCUUUCCUUACUUGACUUGCCAACCGGUAAAACCAGUAACCAAGUUCAUGCGUCAGUACCACGUCCAGGAUCUUAGGAAAGGGGAAGCUCAAAUGAUUUUUAAUGGGAUGGGCGUAACCCCCUAGUUAAAGAGGAGGCCGCCGAGGGACGAAGGCUAAAAAGAAAUAUCUCUUUUGGUUCUUCGGGUAAGUCUAUCUAUUGUAUCCUCGCUAUAGUGUUUUGUCGCUCUUGUUGUCUUGGUUAAGAUAAUAACCUGCUAUCUUGUUUGUUUUUCUCUGUUUUUGUCGAAAAGUUCAUCAUGAUAAUUGCUUGGUAUUAGCAAAUAGGCUUCCAUCUUUUUUUGCGGGGAAGCACUCUAAACGUAGACAGAUGACAUAGCCAGCCCGGGGAUAUCUUAUUAAUCAUCUCCGUGGGAAUUUCCAUCCAAAUUAGGUCUGUCUAUAGGCUGACCUUUUCGGAUUAGCCACGAAAUGAACCAAUCCAAUCAAUGUUCAUAAGUCCACCUAUGCUUUCCCUACUUACCCUGACACAGCUACUUAGCUCUAGCUUCGGCCGAUCCUUCGUCAUAUGCUUAGUCAAAACCACUCUUGCUACGAAGAGAAUGAGAGAGUCCCUUUUUUCGGGGAUAGGCAGGAUAUCUUGGUUUGGGAAAACUGGUUAAAAAGAGUAAGACUCCUCCCUCAGUGGUUUUUGCUUUUGGAUUCUAUAAUGAAUCGCUACUAACUAGAAACUCGAAUAGUUAGCCUGGGCUAAUAAGAGGUACCAUGUAAGUAAAGCCUUUGAUACUUUAUUACUAAUCCAUUAAGGCAGUCUUGGUAGCUAGGGUAAGAGCUAGGAAUAGAUGUAUUGAAAGUUUUCACACUUAAGAGAGUUAGAAGCAAAGUCAAGUACGUGGGAAAGCUAACCCAUCAAAUUGGAGUGCUAAAGUAAGGAACGAACCUAGGCUAGCUUUCCUAAAAAAGAGGUACUUAUAUUUUCAAAUACGGAAUUGCGCUUUCCUCACUUGCUUACACCUUAGCCCUUAGACCUACCGUGGAAAUAUCUAAAGCCCUCACUAGCCCUCUUGGCUCACAAGGAGAAGGAAUAGCACUGGCUGGCUAGUAGGAGUCCUGGAAAUGUCACCGGAAAUGGCUGAACCAGAGCUCGCAUGCUCGUAUAGAGGCCCUCGGUUGGAUCGACGACAUAGAAGGGCUAUAGACUGACACUAGCUUCCUACCUGUUGUAACCCUUACACCAAUGGACUUCCUUACAAGAAGCACUCCGGAAAGCUACUCCAACUCGAUGGCUUACAGAGCUUAGCUUUUUUCUGCAACUGGAACGAAGACUGGUCAAACCCACAGGGAAGACGUAUUUUUAUACGCUUGCCUCAGGACUCCAACAACUGGCUAUCCAAUAAAGGCAGAAUCAAAGGCAGAAGCAACCUUCAUAUCAGCAUAACUCACUAAUAAGAGGCUAUAGUAAUGACCAUGACACAUAUAGGAAGAAAAGGAAGUUGAACUGUCCGCAAAUAGGACUAUAAAGACAACGGAAACUGGAUCAAUGCCAAUUGUAGAAGGAAUGGGGUCCUCCAACUAUGGCCCAGAGCACUGGGACCGAAUGUAAAUAGCCUGAGACCGCCUUAAGGCGCUUAGCCCUCUCUCUUUCCUCUCCUUCUCAUUAACACUCGAGUCAAUUCCUCUCAUUCCAGGCAUGAAGAAACUAGGCUCCUUUGCGAGCUAGUCCAAUCAAUGCUUUCCUUUUGGUACCAGAUCUUCAUCUUAAUAGAAGAUAAUUGCCUAAAGGGGCAGAGACAGACUUCACUUCCCAAUAGACUUGUAAACUUCCAGAUUGGUACAGGUAACUUAGAGAGAGUCGAGAUAGCUUUAUCUUUCUAUGUUGAUAGAUAGCUGGGCAUGUCAACCCGGGAACUCUUCUCACAGAGAAGCUUUCUUGGCGGUCGCUUCAUUAGCGUAUGGUGAGAUAGGCUCAGCUGUCAAAUCGGAAUCGAAACCGAUGGGAGGCACAGGCUGGUGCUCCUGGCGAGAGUAUUGGUUCGCAGCUACUGCCCCGCUCCGUCAAACUUGAUCUCGGGUUCGAAUCUACAAUAAACCUCUCUCCAUCGACUCUGGUGGAGAUAAUUAAUGGUAACAUCUGGCCUUCUGGUCAUAGUUUAUAAGCUAUGACUUAAUAGAAUCUUUAUUCUGGUAUACCGCUCUUGAGAGCGAAGCAGCAUAAACUACACUUACCAUUUUCUCAUGGAAUGGACUUGGCUUUUGUCUUCGAUCUAUACUCAAAAGUCUCUUUAUUAUCUUUCAUUUAUCGUUUACGGAUUUUGUUUUUACUUUCUUAUUCAGCAAUACAAUAAAUACCUUGGCGGAGUCCCCCCACUGGAGUCCCAAAGUAUCGACCAACUCCGUAUUACGUUUGUGGCAGUUCUAAAGCUUUAUUUGAUUGCCCUUGGUGAAAGACCGCCAAGCCAAAGUGGCACACUUGGGAAGAGCUUGCCCACGAAAUCCACAAUGGGUCAGAGAGCAGGGAACUCCUCAUUUUUUUAAAAACAAAAGUUAAGUUAACAGACAUAAUGAGGUAACCCAGCAUGCUCUUCUCAUUCUUUUGAAAUGGAGAUUUCCUCAUCGACCCGACCCUGAGCGUCCAUGGAGUUUUUCGGAUGUCGAAUGACGUUCGUACUGGAGUUAUAACAUUUGAAUUUCUCUUACAUUCCACAUUCCCGAAAUGGAUCCUCUUAAAUAUUUCACAUUUUCUAUGAUCAUCUUUAUUUUAGGUAUUUGGGGAAUCCUCCUUAAUAGACGAAAUAUUCCUAUUAUGUUAAUGCCAAUUGAAUUAAUGUUAUUAGCUGUGAAUUUGAACUUUUUGGUCUUUUCUGUUUCUUUGGAUGAUAUGAUGGGUCAAUUAUUUGCUUUAUUGGUUCCAACGGUGGCAGCUGCGGAAUCCGCUAUUGGGUUAGCCAUUUUCGUUAUUACUUUCCGAGUCCGAGGGACUAUUGCUGUAGAAUUUAUUAAUAGCAUUCAAGGGCCUUUCUCGCUGGGCGAAUUGAUUUCCACGAGUAUGCAGGCUAGAAAGAUGUUAUUUGCUGCUAUUCUAUUUAUUUGUGCAUUAAGUUCAAAGAAGAUCUUAAUCUAUAAUGAAGAAAUGAUAGUAGCUUGUUGUUUUAUAGGCUUUAUCAUAUUCAGUCGGAAGAGUUUAGGUAAGACUUUCAAAGUGACUCUCGACGGGAGAAUUCAGGCUAUUCAGGAAGAAUUGCUGCAAUUCCUCAAUCCUAACGAAGUAGUUCUUCUGGAAUCCAAUGAACAACAACGAUUACUUAGGAUCAGCUUAAGAAUUUGUGGCACCGUAGUAGAAUCAUUAUCAAUGGCACGCUGUACGCCUAAGUGCGAAAAGACAGUGCAAGCUUUGUUAUGCCGAAACCUAAAUCUUAAGUUAGCAACACUUCUAAAUGCCACUUCUUCCCGUCGCAUCCGUCUUCAGGACGAUCUAGUCACAAAGUUUCACGUCUUAGUGAGUGCAGCAUUUUCCCCCUCCUGCUUGUUGAAAGCUAAAAAAGUAGAACUCAUUCGAGAGGGCUUGGUGGUCUUAAGAAAGGUUCGGGUGGGGGGUUCUCUUAAGAAUAAAGAGGAUGAAUAGAAGAUAAUUCAUCUUCAUGCUAACAGAAGAGCGGAUCCAAUACCAAGACGACUUCUUUCUCA